CAGUUCAUAUAUACUUCAUUAUAUACCACACACCCUUCGAUAAAUUUGCAUUAAUCUUCAUCUUCUCUCAUUCACAACAAUGUCGACAAAAAACACAAUUUCACCAGCAGCAGCCAGGUCUCAUACCAGGAAAUCAAAACCGGAUUCCUCAUCCAUUAUCUUGAUCAAGAAAUUUAUACUAGUCCUCUUUGCGGGGUUCUUUGCAUGGGCUUAUCAAACAGCUCUUCCACCACCUCCAAAGACUGUAGGAUCUCCAGAUGGCCCUCCGAUUACAUCCCCAAGGAUUAAACUCCGUGAUGGAAGACAUUUGUCGUAUACAGAGUCAGGCGUUUCAAAAGAUAAAGCCAAAUAUAAACUAAUAUUCGUCCAUGGCUUCAACUUAAAUAAGUAUCAUAACCCUUUUGCAGCCAAAGCUUCACCAGCUCUUGUUGAAGAACUAGGGGUAUACUUUGUUGCAAUAGACCGACCCGGUUAUGGAGAAAGUGACCCGGACCCUAAACGAACUGUGAAGAGCUUGGCAUUUGAUAUCGAAGAGCUCGCUGAUCAUUUGAACUUGGGACCAAAGUUCUAUGUAGCUGGAUACUCAAUGGGUGGCCAAAUCGUGUGGUCUUGUCUCAAGUACAUUCCUCACAGGCUUGCAGGAGCAGUUCUUAUUGCUCCAGGCAUUAAUUACUGGUGGCCUAACCUACCUUCAAAUUUAACCAACGAAGCAUUUUCAGGACAGCUUCCACAGGAUCAAUGGUCUCUGCGUGUUGCGCACCACCUACCAUGGCUGAGCUACUGGUGGAAUAGUCAAAAAUGGUUUCCUUCUUUUUCUUUUAUCGAUGAAGUACAUGCUGCUCUUUCUUCCUCGGAUAUAGCAGUUGCAUCAAAGCUUUUUGCUGCCAUGGAUCCAGAUCAGCUACAAGCCUGGAAUAAACAACCACGACAACAAGGCGAAUUCGAGUCACUCCAUCGUGACUUAAACAUUGGAUUUGGAAAAUGGGACUUUGAUCCAAUAGAUCUCAAAAACCCAUUUCCAAACAAUGAUGGAUCAAUUCAUAUAUGGCAGGGUGAUGAGGACCUCAUUGUGCCUGUGACAUUGCAACGUUAUAUCGCCCAUCAACUUACAUGGGUCAAGUAUCAUGAGCUUACUGGCACCGGACACUUGUUACCUUUUGCAGAUGGGGUGAUUGAUUCUAUUCUCAAAGAACUUCUUACAAAACAGAAUUAGUUUUAUUGUAGCUCUUUGUACUCUUAGUUCUUAAAUUUGGCAUUUCAAAAGAAUGAUUUGAAAGAAAAAGACAAUGAUUCAAGUUACAAGUAAACACAAAUAAUUUUACUAACUUAAGUAUCAAGUGACACGUGAAGGUUACAAACUCAACAAUGUUUAAGUAAACUUUUUAACUUUACACACUA